AAUUCCAAUACUUUUCAUUCAUACAUAACACAACGAGGCACAGACAAAGAACGGGAGGAGAAGAGUGGCAUCGUUGUUGUUCGCUUCAAUUCACUAUUUUUUUCUCAACCUUCUACAAUGUUCUACAGAGGUAAAUUUGCUGAUGGUGGUGAUGGGCGUGAAAUGGCUGCGAAACGUCAGCGCACAGUUGAUCCAGGAUCCUCAUUCUAUGGUGGUUCCACCGGUUCCAAUUUUAUGUACAAUCCUUCUCCUUAUGGAUAUGUCAGCCAACCUCCUCCUCCUCCACCUUUUCCCGUUGUUCGAUUGCGAGGCCUUCCUUUUGAUUGUACUGAAACUGAUGUGGCCGAGUUCUUCCAUGGUCUUGACAUAGUUGAUGUUCUUUUUGUUCACAAAGGAGGCAAGUUCACUGGUGAAGGUUUCUGUGUUCUGGGGUAUCCUCUUCAAGUUGACUUUGCUCUUCAAAGAAACAGGCAGAACAUGGGCAGAAGAUAUGUUGAAGUUUUCAGAAGCAAGAGGCAGGAAUACUACAAGGCAAUUGCAAACGAGGUUUCAGAUGCCCGAGGUGGUUCACCUCGACGAAGUGCUCCCCGGGCCAAAUCAUAUGAUGAAGGAAAAGAUUCAGCUGAACACACCGGGGUGUUGCGACUAAGGGGAUUGCCAUUUUCUGCAAGUAAGGAUGACAUUAUGGAUUUCUUCAAGGAUUUUGGGCUCUCAGAGGAUUCUAUUCACAUUGUAAUGAAUUCAGAGGGAAGACCUUCUGGGGAGGCUUAUGUGGAAUUUGCAAGUGCUGAAGAUUCAAAAGCAGCAAUGGUAAAGGAUAGGAUGACCCUUGGGAGUCGCUACAUUGAGUUAUUUCCUUCGUCACACAGUGAGAUGGAAGAAGCAAUUUCAAGAGGACGGUGAUUCCUUCUCAUUUACUUGCUCUUUUGUAGUUAUACUUGUUAGCUUGAUCUUAUAAUUAAGAUUUUGGUCAAGGAUAUAUAUUUUAUUGCUGUAUUUGUUUUAGGAUCCAUAUACUUUUUUCCCAAUACCCAGAUGAGAAAAUAUGACAGUUGGUAAGAUUGAAUUUUGUGGAUUUAUCUA